AACUUCCCCCCGCACAGUGCCUUUAUUCCCUUCUGUUUUUUUGAAAGUCUUUAAUCCCUCCGUUUCUGAGAAAUUUCAGAUCACAAGAGCAAAAAAAAAAAAAUUCCAAGAAGGGAGAAGAGAGGAAAAAUCUCUCUCUCUUUCUCCUCAAAUGGCAGGCCUCUCCGCCCCUCUCCGUCCAUCUCCUCCUUCCUCCUCCCAUACCUUCACCUCUCGCCUCCUUCUCCUUCUCACAGUCCUCCCUCUCACCCUCGCAGUCUUCGCUUUUAUUCUACAAUGGCGUGGCGGCCUGGACGAUCCGACCUCCCGAUGGCCUGGCGACAACGCCCAGAAAUUCCCCGGCAUGGACAACGCCAGCCCUUCCUUAAGCACCCAUGUCCACUCCUCCUCAUCAUCUGAUUGCGUCGAGCUGCUGGGUCAUGGGUCCUCGCCCUCGUUCCCUUACUAUCGUGGGUGGAAGUUUGACAUCGAGUCAGAUCUGCGCCCCAAGAUAUCUAUCACAACAAGCACAUCAGCUGGUCUAGAGCAGAUUCUGCCAUGGCUUUUUUACCAUAAGGUCCUUGGGGUUGGCACCUUCUUUUUGUUCGUGGAAGGAAAGGCUGCUUCUUCGAAUGUUUCUGCUGUUUUAGAAUCCAUUCCUGGAGUAAAAGUAAUAUACAGAACUAGAGAGCUAGAGGAGAAACAGGCUAAAAGCCGAAUUUGGAAUGAGACUUGGCUUUCAAGCUUCUUUUAUAAGCCAUGCAAUUACGAACUAUUCGUCAAGCAAUCACUCAAUAUGGAGAUGGCUAUUAUCAUGGCACGGGAUGCUGGUAUGGAUUGGAUUAUCCAUCUUGACACUGAUGAGCUAAUACAUCCGGCUGGUGCUCGGGAGUACUCUUUAAGGCAAUUGCUCUUGGAUGUGCCUAGCAAUGUUGAUUUGGUUAUCUUUCCAAAUUAUGAGAGUAGCAUUGAGCGAGAUGAUAUAAAGGAACCCUUUAGUGAGGUUUCAAUGUUCAAGAAGAACUAUGACCAUCUUCCCAAGGAGACAUAUUUUAGCUUGUAUAAGGAAGCAACACGUGGUAACCCAAACUACUUUUUGACUUACGGAAAUGGAAAAUCAGCUGCUCGAAUUCAAGAUCAUCUCCGUCCUAAUGGUGCUCAUAGAUGGCACAACUAUAUGAAGACUCCAAAUGAGAUCAAAUUGGAAGAGGCUGCAGUUCUACACUACACCUACACCAAAUUUUCAGACUUGACUUCUAGACGCGACCGGUGUGGAUGCAAACCUACAAAAGAGGAUGUCAAAAGGUGCUUCAUGUUGGAAUUUGACAGAUCUGCAUUCAUAAUUGCUUCAACUGCCACUGAAGAGGAGAUGAUGCGCUGGUACCGUGAACACAUUGUAUGGGCUGAUAAAGCACUAAACACGAAACUUCUCAGGAAGGGAAUCUUGACCCGUAUCUAUGCCCCAAUGGCCAUUGUUCAAGGUUUGAGGGAGUCUGGUGUUUUCAGUUCUGCAAUUCUCUCGGCAAAAACGCAGCUCUCGAAGGAGAAAUUCCUAUCUUCUGUUGAACAAAACCCACGGAGAAGCAACUCCUCUGUCAUCCUCAAUGCUCGUGCCAAUGGAUCCCAAUCACAUCCCUCCAAGACUCCAAAAAAGAACAGCAUCAGUGGAUCUCAAUCAGCUUUGAGGAAGAUGUUGCAGAUUGCGGAUGCAGCGGUCCCACCAUUGUCUCCCCCAGGCCUGGACGUUCUCCACAUGGGAACAUGACCCCCGCCCGUUUGCUUUCAUGAUUGCUUCUUCCGGUUCAUGUAUGGUCAUCCAAAAAUUUGAGAUUCAGAUGCGGGUUGUUUUUUUCCCCACAGUGAGAAGAAUCAGAAGAGUCAGCAAUCUGUGGUUGUUCGGUUUCGGUGGGUUCUUCCCGAUCACUUACCCAAGCGCUGGUGUAUAUUUUCAGGUUUUUGUGAUAGUAAGUUGAGGGAGUUGUGGGACCCGGAUCACCUAUCCGUGGCCCUUGUUCUGGCGGUUUGGAGCUCUGCAUAUUGAUCGCCUGAGGUUGGUGUACUUGAAAAUCAUGUUGAGCUGUUUGAUUAUUAUUUGUAUAGAAGAAAAGGGAGGGGAAAGGAAAAAAAGAACCUCAAAGGGGCUGGGUUGUGUUUUUUUUACUUUAUUCAUUGAGACUUUGAUGGUUCUUAAAGGAAUGGCAUAGCCCCAUUUCUC